AUGGGUAGUUUAAAUGUUAAUCGUAGUGUAACAGAUGCAUUUUAUCGUUAUAAAAUGCCUCGUAUAUCAGCUAAAGUUGAAGGUAAAGGUAAUGGUAUUAAAACAGUUAUUGUUAAUAUGGUUGAAGUUGCUAAAGCAAUUGCACGUCCAGCAACAUAUCCAACAAAAUAUUUUGGCUGUGAGCUUGGUGCACAAACACAAUUUGAUUUUAAAAAUGAACGUUUUAUUGUUAAUGGUUCACAUGAAGCAGCAAAGUUACAAGAUUUACUUGAUGGUUUUAUACGUAAAUAUGUACUUUGUCCAGCAUGUGAUAAUCCAGAAACUGAUUUAAUAAUAAGUGCUAAAAAAGGUACAAUUGCACAACGUUGUAAAGCAUGUGGUCAUCAUGGAUUACUUGAAACAAAUCAUAAAUUAAAUACAUAUAUAUUAAAAAAUCCACCAAGUUUAAAUCCAGCAGCACAAGGUAGCUCAUUAACUGAAGGUAAACGUAAUAAAAGAUCAAAAAAAACUAAUGGUGAUACUAAUGGUGAUCGUUCUGGUUCACCAGAUAAUGAUAUGGAUAAAAGUACAACAAAUAUUGUUGUUGAAUCAGCAAGAAUUAUUAAAAAAAAAAAAGAUGAAGAUGAUGAUGAUGAUGAUUGGGCUGUUGAUGUUUCGGAAGAAGCUGUACGUGCACGUUUACAAGAUUUAACUGAUGGUGCUAAAGGUAUGACAUUAAGUGAUGAUCUUGAAAAAAGUGAAAAAGAAAGAAUGGAUAUAUUUUAUAAACUUGUUAAAAAUCGUCGUGAUACUAAACAAUUGGAUAAAGAAAAAGAUAAAGAUAAAGGUAAAGAAUUACUUGCUGAAGCUGAACGUCUUGAAAUUAAAACAAAAGCGCCAUUAGUUUUGGCUGAGUUAUUAUUUGAUGCUGAUAUUGGUGCACAAGUUAAAAAACAUCGUAUUUUAUUACUUCGUUUUACUCAUGAUGAUCCAAAAGCACAAAAAUAUCUUAUUCGUGGUAUUGAACAAGUUAUUGCUUUACAUAAAGAUAAACUUAUGCCAAAAGUUAUUGGUAUUUUAAAGCUUUUUUAUGAUGCUGAUAUUCUUGAAGAAAAAGCAUUUUUCGAAUGGGCUAAUAAUAUCAGUAGAAACACUGUUUCAAAAGAUUUAUCACAAGAAAUUCAUGAAAAAGCUGCUCCAUUUAUAACAUGGCUUAAAGAAGCUGAAGAAGAAGAAUCUGAAUCAGAUUCAGAAUCAGAUGAUGAUCUUGAGAUUGAAUAUGAUGACAGAGCCAAACAACCAUUAAAAGAUCAACAACAACAACAACAACAAAAACAACAACAAGCACCAAAAAAACCAGUUGACAAUGAUUCUGAUGAGGGUGAUUUUGAUAUCGAUGCCAUUUAAAUUUAUCUGUAUAAUUAAAAUGACUAUCUAAAUCACAAUGGAGCAAACUUGCUUAUCAACUAUCCCCGGACUACGAUAAUUAAUAAUCUACUCAAAACACAUCAAGACAUACGAUUAAAAUCAUAUGAUAGAGAAUUUAAAAUGAAAAAAAAAAAAGUCUAAAUUAAUUUCACACAAUUAUUUAAACAAAAAAAAAAUGAAUAUAUAUAUUAAAAAAAGUCCACUUAUGUGACACAAGCAUACACUUCCACAAAAAAAAAAUAUGCGAAAUCAUUAUUAUUAAUUUUUCUAGUUUAAUUAUUUUUUUAAUUUUUAAAUUGUGUGUUUUUUCAACAUAUUUAUAAUAUGUUAAUUUGUUUAUUUUUUCUUUCAUUCAAAUUUACAUUUAAAAUUAAUGUAAUAAUUACAAUUUUAAUGUAUCAAUUUUUUCUUUUGCCUUUCCGUUUAUUUUUUUUUUCUCUACAUUAUUAUUUUUUAUUUGAAAGAAUAAAUACUUGUAGGAUAUAAUAAAAAAAACAAACCAAUAAUAAUAAUUGGAAUAAUUAAAAAUUGGUGUAAUAUUUUCCAUUGUAUUAGCUUCUCUGAUUAAUUGUAUGAAUAAAUAUGGUUUAUCGCAAUUAUGUUUAACUCAUUUUAUAAAUAAUAAUUUGAAUUAUCCCGGUAUUAAAUGGCGGAUAGAUUAGUUGAAGAAUCAUUCACCACCAGCGCUGUUGUCAAUGACACUGAUCAGUGUUUUUACAAUCGUAUGACGACAAGACUCUGAUAAUAAUUUUUUUUUUUUCUUAUAUUAUCCACUUGAAAUAUAAUAAUAAAUUAAUCAAUAGAAUAUCGUAUUCAGUGUUGUUUAUCAAGAAGUGGAAUGAUUAAUUGAUGAUUGUCGAGGGACUUCUUCCUGGAACGUUCUGACGA